AAUGUUCAUGUUAUAAAAUAAACGUUACAUAUUCGGAAUUAAUUCAACCAUGAAUCAUAAACAAAGUGUGUUUAAAAAGAAGUAAAUGUGAAACAUGUGCAAAUGAAGUUCGAAAAGGUGUUAAAAAAUUUUUCUAGAUUCUAAUCAUGGUCUAUCUAAUCAAUAUUUGUAUCUAAUCAAGAUAUUCCAGAAUCCAAGCAUCAUUUAUCCUGAUUGGAUGAUAAACUUUUUGAGAAAAACACCUCUCCGUUUUUGUAAAAAUAUUGAAGAAUAUAAAGGGGAAAUUAUGAUGACGUAUACGUUUUAAUCUUGACUGUGUGGGACUAAUCGCUAAGUAAACAGCUCAUAAUCAGCAAUAUGUGGGUAGAAUAUGUGGUCCAUGAACGGUACAUGGUACACGAAGACUAGAGUAGGUUCUAUGAGAUUGCAUUGCAUUUUCAAGAAGGUGGCGUUUCACGCGACACAGGCUCUGAGUGGGACACAUUGAUGGAGGUUCAUCAUGAACCAAUUGAAAAGAACUAUAAAUUAUUGGAAGAGAUUGGCAAGGGUCAAUUUGCGAUAGUAAGAAAAUGUAUGGAACUAAGUACCGGGGAGCUGUACGCAGCCAAAAUUAUGAGAAAAAGACGUGUUGCCAGAGGUGUAGCAGCAGCAGAUAUUGCCAGAGAAGCUGGUUUAUUGGCACGAUUAAGGCAUCCAAAUAUUGUUUCACUGCACAAAGUUGUAGACACGGGUACAACUGUUGUUUUACUUUUAGAAUUAAUUUCUGGAGGAGAGCUUUUUCAUUGGGUACCAUCUGGUGAAUUAGAAGCUGCACAUGUGGUUCGUCAAGUUUUAAUGGCACUUAGUCACUUACAUUCUCAUCAAGUUGCUCACUUAGAUAUCAAGCCUGAAAAUAUUCUUUUAUCAACACCACCACCAAUGCCAAACAUAAAAUUAAUAGAUUUAGGUCUAUCACAUCGAUUAGUGCCUGGAUCAGAACAUAGAGCUCUGUUUGGUACACCUGAAUUUGUAGCUCCAGAAAUUGUAAAUUAUGAACCACUUAGUUUGGGAACAGACCUUUGGGCAGUUGGUGUUUUAACUUAUAUUCUUUUAAGUGGUGCAUCACCGUUUCUAGGUGAAGAUAAACAGGAAACUUACACUAACGUUGCUGCUUGCCAGUAUCAAUUUGAUAAUGAGUAUUUCAAUAAUGUGUCGGAAAUUGCCAAAGAUUUCAUAAGAUCCUUGUUGAUCAAGGAUCCAAAAGAAAGAGGAACUGCAGAAUCGUGCCUUAAACAUCCUUGGAUUCUCACGGAAUCAGAAGCUUCUCAAGGUCUUGGUGGAGCAAUGAUUAGUGCUGUUAAACGGGGCUGUGUUGAGGCAGUCUCUCAGUUACUACUGCAAGGAGCACCAUUGAACGUAAAGGAUUCUAAAGAAGAUACGCUUUUACACAUAGCUUGCGAAGCAGGGGACGAAGGGAUGGUAACAUUCUUGAUAGAGAGUGGAAUAGAUCUGGACACACCCAAUAAAAAGGGCUUAACACCACUUCAUGUGGCUGCUAGAUACGGUUUCAUUAAUCUCGUUAGACAUUUGUGCCUUGCUGGUUGUGAUGUUGACAAAACAAAUCGUGGAAUCAGAGCAGAUGUGACAGCAAUCAAGUACGGACAUCUUGACAUUGCGUCGUUAUUGGAUAAGCUCCGAAAUCCCAUUCAACGUGAAAAUUAUAUUAAACAAUUGCAACCAACACAUAGACCAAUAGACCGUCUACACGUAAGACUCUUAGGACAUUGUGCAUCAGGAAAAUCAUCUUUAAUAAAUUCGUUAAAAUCUGGUAUUUUUAGUUUUGGGUUUUUUAGAAGAUCAAGAAGUCAAAACUAUACAGCGAAGAGGGAACCAAGUAUUGAAUUAGACGUAACUAGCAAGCACGGUUCACUUAGUUUUGAAUAUAGCGAUAGUGAAUAUGAGGGUACACAAGGAGUAGAAUGGAGUCGUGGUAAUGUAGGAGGAGAAUGUGUUUUUUGGGAGUUAUGUGGACGCGAGGAAUUUUUAGCAUCUUAUCAUUAUGUACUCACAUUUCAACAACCUGCAGUACAUCUUAUAACAGUCAGUCUAAGAGAACCUCUCACUGUACAACUUCAACAAGUUAGAUUUUGGUUACGGUUCAUUUCAGAUCGUAUUGCAGCAACUAAUUUUGGUUUUGGUGGUAAAUAUAGUGAUGUAAAAGUAAUCUUAGUUGGGACUUAUGCACCAGAACCUCUUGCUCCAAACUCGAAUAGUGGUAGUCCUCUUGCACCACUUUUACCUUUUUUAAAAGAGUUCUCACCAAUUUUGGGGGAUGAACCUCAAAUGGUCGCUGUGGAUGCAACUAAUUCGUCUAGUCCCGGUCUGAAACUUCUAAGAUCGUACUUGAAUAAUGCAAGGAUGGAGUUUUUAGAGGAAGGACCGGAAGUUGCAGAAAGUAUUCUCCGACGUGACACGCCGCGGGCUGCGGCCUCGUACGUGCCCUUGGCGAAUCUUGAUAAACAGAGUGCUCUUGUGUGGACUGGUCUUGCUGAAUCUUGGAGAACAUACGUCCAAACUUUAGAGGUACCUCCAGUAAUGCUUACACAGGAGGAGUUUUUGAGGGAAGUGAGAAAAAUUAAUCCAUUAGUUUGUUUAGAACAUUGUCGACAUCUUGGAUUACAAUUGCAGAAUUUAGGGGAAUGUAUGCUCCUUCCUGGGAAUUUGGUAGUUCUUAGUCCAGAAUGGUUUUGGCAGGAUGUAAUAAACUGGCAAUUAAGUCCAGAACAAAAAGGACGUUUGGCAGGACGUACUACGGGAGUGUAUGCUUUGGAAGAUUUUCAGGCUCGUUGUCCAUGUCCUGCGAGUCAAGCUUUGCAAGCUUUGCAAGCAGUAAAUUUGUGUGUCCUAUGUGAAGUGGAUGAAGAUGAAGUAGAGUACGAAAUACCUUGCUUAAACCUUGUUGAGCGUUUACCAGGAUUAUGGGAGCCAUGGAAACAAUGCUCCAAUAUCCUACCACAUGCAGGUCUUCGUCUCGCACCGUCUGAAGCACCACUUUAUCACUUAAUUGCAAUAUUUCCACAUUUACAAGCACAACUAAGGAAAAUUACUCAAUCAUGGGAUCCGUCGAAUUCAGAUUUAUAUCAGUGGUGGCGAGGAUCAAAAUUAUGUAUAGGACCUUGUGAAAGUAUUAUAACGUUUGAAGAAGAUGACCAAAGCUGUAUGGAGAUAAGAGUACGCGGACCACGCAGUACUAGUGCACAGUGUUUUGCGCUUUUAAGCAUCAUUCUUGACGCUAUCGAAACAACAAUUGAGUUGGUUGCUCCAGGGAUGUUACUUGAAAGACAUUGGCUCAGUCCUAGUCAACUUCGUGAAUAUGACGAAAUUGUACAUUCUUGGGAACCGGCACCGGUUAUAUCAACCUUAAUAGAUAAAGGUCUUGAAGAGGCAGUUCUUAAAAAUCCUUUAAACGGACAAGAAGAAACGAUAUGGGAAAUAGUGGGUUGUGGUCUACCUUUAAUGGAAAAUUGUCUUCCUGGACCAAAGCAACCCAUAAAGCAUAUAAAACCUGCUGUACAGAGAAGGCUGGCACAGAUGCUCGACCCUCCAGACCGUCAUGGAAGAGACUGGUGUUUACUUGCGGUAAGGCUGGGUUUGGGAGAUCGAGUAGCACAGCUGGACAGUACAGUGGACAGUCCAACGUUAAGAUUAUUAAACACUGCAGGUGCCGACUGUUCCGUAGGUUCUUUGAUACAACAAUUGCGAGCUCUGGAUAGGGAAGAUGCCGUGCAUCUUUUGCUAUCUUUCACACCAACGUAUAUAUUGUCAACGGCUAUCGAUUCCGAAACGGGAUCUAAUCUUUCCAGAUGACAAUGUUGCGUUUAUCCAUGGUGCAUUAAUACUUUCUAAACAACGGAUUCCCGACGGGUAUACCAUGUCGUGGGUUUGAUAGACUUAUUAUGUCACCGCUUCCGCCCAACAUAAAUUUUGCAUUGUUCUUUAAAUCUAAGUAUGUACAUUAACGGUACAUUGUAUGUGUACUUCUUUAGAGGCACGUCAAAAUGCACACGCACCAAUGUGUACUUUUAUAUCUACUUAUUAACAGGCACUUUAUGUGGCACAAAAUUCUUUUAUAUAUACAUACACGCAUACAUAUAAUGAAAGAAGAUUGUAUAAGUUGCAUCGAUUUGCGUACUUUCUCUUACGAGCUCCUACGAUCUAAGUAUGUCAUAAUUUAAUUAUCUUUGUUAGAGUAUUUAUAACUCUAUGUUUUCGUUGGAUUUGAAAAGAAAUGUACUUAAGAGAAUGUCUAUUUAAACACAGGUUUAAUUCUUUAUUGGUUUUCGCGUUUUUUCUUAAUUGUGAACUAUUUGUAAGCGUUUCUAUUGUGAUACUAUAUUGUAUGAUUAGCUAGAUCGAAUUUCUUAUAUGAAUUUGUAUUAGGUGAAUAAUUCUAAAUAAUGUGUAUGCACAUGCGUGGCCCACAAAAUAAUGCAUUUACACACACUAUAUAAACACGAUAAUAUUCGUAUUUGAUACUAAUAUUGUUUUGAAGGCUUUUCUUGAUACGCAUAUAUACUAUAUCUUGCCAAAACCUCAGUGUCAAUACGCGUUGCUUUUCGACUACUAUGGUAUUUAGAAAACUAUACUAUUUGCGCGGAAAGCGAAGCGGCAACAGUUCGCACAAUUCUUUGCUUUUUUCGGGGUACAACGGUCGACGAAUUUCUAUUUCUAAAUGGUGUUUUUUACUAAAUCAAUAUUUCUGAAGUACUUAUUAUGUGCCAUAAACAACGUUUGCUCAUCAUAACUGUUGAAGUGUUACAGAUGCCUCUGUAAGUCCUCUAAAUUGAUUCUUUUGCGUAAGCAAGGCGUUCAUUAACGAGCCGAGACUCUCGAGUAUGGCUAAUCAUUUGAUCAAAACGAUUCAUUAUAGACUAGGCGUUUGACUAUUGUACUAUUGUUCAAAUUUUGUUGGCACAACAAUAUUAAACAAGAACGCACUGGUCAUGUGCAAUGCGCAUGGGUACAUAGUAUAUAUCAUAAAACAUAAACAACAUUUGUUGUUCAUAGAAUACUUUCUUUGAACAUAUCUAUUCUGUAUUAAUUUGAUCCACUGUAUACUAUUUAAAUAUAGCCUGAUAAGUAGCUUUACAUUCUUACGUUGUUCAAGUAUUUAGUACAAGAAUGAGAGGAUCUUUAUCUGUAAUUAGAAACGAACACGAUAGUUUAUGAUCACAAAUUGUCACUAGAGUAAUUAAUUCUAGUUCUGUUAUUAUAUACAAUGUACGUAAAAUAUUUUUGUUGUGUUUAUGUUCUACAUAUUUCUUGUAAAAUGAUCAUGUAAUAUGUAGUGCUAUAAAAUUAAUAUAGUCUCGACACAUACGGAUAACUGCAGAAUUGUCCUUUAAGAUUUGUAUUUCGAAGCUUGCGUUCUUUACGCAUUGUGUUCAUUUUACAUUGAAUACACCACCGUUUGCGACGAUUAGUUUUAAAUAUUGAGUGUUUCCGCCAGGAAUUGUAUUUUAUAAUGCGUGCGUACAAUUGUGGAAAUGUUGGCUUCUAACGAUCAGUGUCGUUGAUCAAUUAUAGGCCAGCAUCGCAAGUUCUAAUGCGCUUAAAAUAUUUAUGUUUUACAGCUUUUGCGUAGAACGAUACAAAAAUAGUCGAACAGUUAUUCUUAAGAUAAAGUUAAACAGAAUCAGGAUACGCGCGGAAAAAGACAUUUUCCAAAGGGAAACAUUGUAAGACUUAUAAUUGUUGCUAUUUAUAAAAAGGAAAUACAAAAAUUGGGAAGCAAACUUCCCGAUUUUGUUGUGGUCAAUGACAUUUACAUUUUUCUAGUUUAUAUAAUGAUGAAAACCUUGAUGUCAAACGAAGUACGUCCUUCUGAAAUUGACUUGUGCGUUUGUUUAAAAUUCUUUAAUCGUAUAUAAACUAUGAAAACACACGCAUGAUUCUAAUAUAUACACCUAUAUUAGAAACUACAAUCAAAAUCAAUUUGAUCAUUUUAUCGUUCGUGUCGUCCACGAACGUUCUAAGAAGCAUUACUGUAAUAUAGGGUAGUCCUGUAAAUUUCUACAAUAUACGGUAGACAACAUUAAAGAAAUGAUGCUUUGGUAUUAAACAUUGUAAAAUAUCGAAAAGUCGUGUCAGUUUCGUUUGAAUUUACUCUUAGAUUAUUUAGCUUACAUGUAAGGGUAAAGGAUGAAGGAAAUGUACUGUAUUUUCUUUUAUAAUAUAGAGGGUGUUAAUAAAACUUUACUUAUUUGCAAGUGAAA